GCCUUCCUCUUCCUCUCUCCUUCCUGUGCCCUCCCGCGCCAUGGCCCUCCGCCUCCGCGCCGCAGUCCCCGCCGUCGCCCGGGCGGCCUGGCGCCGCUCUCCCGCCGCGCUGCUCCCGCCGCUCAGCUCUGCCCGCCCGCCGCGGCGCCACUAUGCUGCUAAACGGAUCAAGGUGGCCAACCCCGUGGUGGAGAUGGAUGGCGACGAAAUGACUCGCAUCAUUUGGGCUUUCAUCAAGGAGAAGUUGAUCCUGCCCAACGCAGAUGUCCAGCUGAAGUACUUUGACCUGGGCCUGCCCCAUCGGGACCAGACGGAUGACCAGGUCACCAUUGACUCUGCGCUGGCCACGCAGAAGUACAGCGUGGCUGUCAAGUGUGCCACGAUCACCCCUGAUGAGGCACGAGUGGAAGAGUUCAAGCUGAAGAAAAUGUGGAAGAGUCCCAAUGGCACCAUCCGGAACAUCCUGGGCGGGACAGUUUUCAGAGAACCAAUCAUCUGCAAGAACAUUCCCCGUCUGGUCCCCGGUUGGACGAAAGCCAUCACUAUUGGCAGACAUGCCCACGGAGACCAGUACAAAGCCACAGAUUUCGUCGUGAGCAAACCUGGGACGUUUAAGAUGGUCUUCACCCCCAAGGACGGCAGUGGAGUCACAGCGUGGGAGGUGUACAACUUCCCCGGUGGGGGUGUCGGCAUGGGAAUGUACAAUACGGAUGAGUCCAUUUCAGGGUUCGCCCACAGCUGCUUCCAGUACGCCAUCCAGAAGAAGUGGCCCCUUUACAUGAGCACCAAGAACACCAUCCUCAAGGCCUACGACGGGCGCUUCAAGGACAUCUUCCAGGAGAUCUUUGAGAAGCACUACAAGACCGAUUUUGACAAACUCCGGAUCUGGUACGAGCACCGGCUGAUCGACGACAUGGUGGCCCAGGUGCUGAAGUCGGUGGGGGGCUUCGUCUGGGCUUGCAAGAACUAUGACGGAGAUGUCCAGUCUGACAUCUUGGCCCAAGGAUUCGGCUCGCUGGGCUUGAUGACCUCAGUCCUCGUCUGCCCGGACGGAAAGACCAUCGAAGCCGAGGCUGCUCACGGCACCGUCACGCGCCAUUACCGGGAGCACCAGAAGGGCAAUCCCACCAGCACCAACCCCAUUGCCAGCAUCUUUGCCUGGACCCGUGGCCUGGAACACAGAGGCAAGCUGGACGGCAACCCCGAUCUCAUCAAGUUUGCUCAGACCGUGGAGAAGGUCUGUGUGGAGACGGUGGAGUCUGGGAUCAUGACCAAGGACUUGGCCGGUUGCAUCCACGGACUAAGCAAUGUGAAGCUGAACGAGCACUUUGUGAACACCACAGACUUCUUGGACGCCAUCAAGAACAACCUGGACAAAGCCCUGGGCAAGCAGUAGGAGGGUGCAGCAGGGGCAGCAACGGCAGCAGCACCGCCCUGAGGUUGCAUGGAGGGGGACGGCGGGAGCCCAUUUACCUCAUUUUUAAUAGAACAAGCUCUGUCUGCUCUUCCUUUCAACCAGGAAAACAUUCUGGGUCACCUGUUUUCCAUUGGUUGUUUUUAAAAAUCCCCGUAAGCUAUCCCAAGAAGGCCCCCCGCCAGUGACUGCUGCUCACAAGGGAAGGUGGGGGGGUCAGUCAUGAAGGAGAGGGUUUUGUGCUAUAAUUUAUGUACUGUCAUUUGGGCCUCGUGGUAGCAAUUAAAAUCUAGUUCUCACACA